ACAGCUGUUUAAACCUUAUUCUUUCAAGAAGAAACGCCGUUGGAAGACGUUCACUGACAACGGCUAAAAGUCAACCUUUGUCGCUGUCGGUGCUCCAUUAUCGGUGUUUUAUCAUCCGGUCAUGGGGUCUCUUUUCCGCAGUGAAGAGGUCUGUCUGAUACAGCUUUUCCUCCAGUCUGGAUCGGCUUACAACUGCGUCAGUGAACUGGGAGAGCUGGGAAUAGUGGAGUUCAGAGAUCUAAAUCCAAAUGUGAACGCGUUCCAGAGGAAGUUUGUGAAUGAAGUGAGGAGAUGCGAGGAGCUGGAGAAAACAUUCGCAUUUUUGGAACAGGAGAUUAAUCGCAGUCUCUCUCAGAAACUGCAGCCACCCAUUCCCAUGCCUCCAGCCCCUCAGCCCAGAGAACUGCUCACCAUCGAGGAGGAGAGCGAGCGCUUGGCCCGGGAGCUCAGGGAGGUGUCCAGGAACCGAGACAGUCUGCGUUCUCAGUACACUCAGUUGUGUCAGUACAGAGGGGUUUUAAAGCAGACACAUUCACUCACAGCCUCACAGGCCCCUCUGGUCUCGUUCGAGCCAAUGGGCCUGGCAGAGAACAGACAGGACGUCAGGCUGAGCUUUGUGGCUGGUGUGGUUCAUCCGUGGAAAGUGCCCGCUUUCGAGAGGCUGCUAUGGCGUGCUUGUCGUGGUUACAUCAUUGUGGACUUUCAUGAGAUGGAAGAAAAACUCGAACAUCCUCAUACUGAUGAGCAGUUGCAAUGGACUGUGUUUUUAAUCUCUUUCUGGGGAGAUCAGAUCGGUCAGAAAGUGAAAAAGAUCUGUGAUUGCUUCCACACACAAACAUUUCCCUACCCUGAGAACCAGGCAGAAAGAGAGGAGACUCUCAAUGGACUCAGAGGCCGAAUUGAAGACAUCAAAUCAGUGAUGGGUGAGACGGAGCAGUAUAUGCAGCAGUUGCUGGUUCGUGCGCUGGCUCGUCUGCCGGAGUGGGUUGUGCAAGUUCAGAAGUGCAAAGCUGUGCAGACGGUGCUGAAUCUCUGCAGCCCGUCCGUCACUGAUAAAUGUCUGAUCGCAGAAGCCUGGUGUCCCGUCAGUCAGCUGCCCGCCCUGCAGAGUGCCCUGAGAGAGGGAGGGAGAAAGAGUGGCAGUAAUGUGGACUCUUUCUACAAUCGGUUGCCAGCCACUACAUCUCCCCCCACCCUCUUCCCAACCAACUCCUUCACCGCAGGAUUCCAGAGCAUAGUCGAUGCUUAUGGAGUGGCCAGCUAUAGGGAGGUUAAUCCAGCUGUCUACACCAUCAUCACGUUUCCCUUCCUUUUUGCGGUCAUGUUCGGGGACGUUGGACACGGCCUACUGAUGACCCUGGCAGCUCUAUGGAUGAUUCUGGAGGAAAAUGAUCCAAAACUGAGGAAAAAUACUAAUGAAAUCUGGCGUAUGAUGUUUGGGGGCCGAUAUCUCAUUUUGUUGAUGGGACUGUUUUCCAUCUACACCGGAGCCAUUUAUAACGAGUGUUUUAGCAAAGGCCUCAGCACCUUCUCUUCAGGAUGGCAUGUCCGGCCUAAUGCUGAAUUCUACAACUGGACUGAGGAGACAUUCAAAAAGAACAUGUAUCUCUCUCUGGACCCAAAUGUUACUGGUGUUUUCACUGGGCCUUAUCCGUUUGGAAUUGAUCCGAUUUGGGGUCUGGCCAAUAAUCACCUGACGUUCCUCAACAGCUAUAAGAUGAAGAUGUCUGUCAUUAUUGGAGUCAUCCAUAUGACCUUUGGUGUGUGUUUGUCUUUCUUCAACUACAUACAUUUCCGAGAGGUCAGCAGUGUGUUUCUGGUAUUGAUCCCGGAGUUGUGCUUUAUGUUGUGUCUGUUUGGAUACCUGAUCUUCAUGGUGAUUUAUAAGUGGCUGGUCUAUGGUCCUGUGAAUUCUGACUCUGCUCCCAGCAUCCUCAUCCACUUCAUAGACAUGUUCCUGUUUACUGAGAACAAGGAUAACAAACCACUCUACACAGGCCAGAUGACUGUGCAGAAGGUUCUAGUGUUUGUGGCGGUGUUGUCUGUUCCUGUGCUGCUAUUGGGGAAGCCGAUACAAGAAUACCUCUCACAUAAGAGGAAGAGAAGAAAUCCUACAGAAGACAGACGUCCUCUUCUUGCAGAAAACGGCUCUAUAAAUUCACAACAAGGAGAUGUGGAUGCAAGAGGAGGAGGAGGAGAGGAGGAGGAGUUUGAUACAGCGAACGUCUUCAUGCACCAGGCCAUUCACACUAUUGAGUAUUGUCUUGGGUGUAUCUCCAACACGGCCUCAUACCUGCGGCUCUGGGCCCUCAGUCUGGCUCAUGCACAGUUAUCCGAGGUGCUGUGGACGAUGGUAAUGCGACAAUCCUUCGGUCAGCUCAGUUAUGUGGGCUCAGUCAUGGCGGCGCUUGUUUUUGUUGGCUUUGCUGUGUUAACCGUGUCUAUCCUGCUCGUCAUGGAAGGGCUGUCUGCUUUUCUACAUGCACUUCGACUUCACUGGGUGGAGUUUCAGAAUAAAUUUUACAGUGGAACAGGGUACAAGCUCACUCCGUUUGACUUCUCAUUCGGUGCUUUCUCUACAAAGUGACCUUCAGUAUGAACCAAUGGUCUUAGAAUGGAAAAAAAAGAAGAGUUAUGGAGUUAUUUUGCUGGGGGCACAAAUCGCAUUUUAAAAUGUAUCAUUCAAGGAUCUUUCAUUUUUUAUACUUUAUUUUGACCACCACUAUACAAAAAAACUGUACCUGAAAAUUUGAAUGUGAAAAGCUUUGUUAUGAAUUCACAUACAUAUCUUUAAAAUGUUUAAGUACUUGAUACGUGCCACAUAGAGUCUUUUAGUUGAAUGAUUUUAUUAAUUAAGUUGAAUGAUUUGGUUAAGGUCUUGAGCCCAAAAAAAAUAAAGUUCUUUUAACUCUCCAUAA